UCGUUGAUAGAUAACAAGUCUGAAUUGUUUAUUCUGAGUUUUCAAUAUAAAACAUUGAGUCAAAACCUAAAACUAGCAAUUGAUAAAAAAAAAUUUCCAAGUUGCAGGUUUAUCCAUAUGCAUAGGAACCUACAUGUUUUCAUAACUUAUCAAGAAAGAAAAUUGUAAACAGAGGAUUUUUUUUCUGGCUGGUCAAUGGAAGAGUAGAAAUAAUGUUGAAAUACAAAAAUAUUUCCAAAUGUUUACCAAACGGCCAGGUUCAUUAUCAAUCUAAAUUCCAAUUAUAUGUGUAGAUACUAUAUAGGUCGCAAAUUAUUAAUAGAAAAGGCUUCUGGUAGUCUUGGGAAAUUUGAUACCAGUCUAUUUUUAGAAUAGUGUUCCAUGAAGCAGGAAGUGCUCAAAGAUAAAGGUACAACUUCUCAUAUAUGCACCCUUUAGUGAAAUGGUUUCUGUUGACUAAAAGGUUUUGUCGUAUAUUUUGACAGAUGAUAGGAAAACCCUCAAGAAAUUCUCUAAUAUGGUAUUGAACAGUUUUAAGAUAAAACAACUAUUCAUUUUUGCAAUAAUUAUUUUACUGUUAGUUAUAUUGACUAUUCUACAUAAAACUAAAUCUAAAUUUAAGCUCCCUUACCCUAUUCAACUGUUUUCUGUUCAUCAUAACUUGAUUCCAGAAACAACCACAAUGUUGAGACUCUCAGAAAAUACCAACUUUUCGUUUGAAAUUCGCGAAAACACAAACUUCUUUGAUCAAUCUAAAUAUUAUUCUAUGAAACCAAACAAAAUCAAUGGAAUAAAUCAUGAAUUUUUGAUCCAACCGAGGAACUUCUGUGAAGAGUUUCCAUAUUUAAUCAUUUUAGUGCCAUCUGUCCAUACCAACAAAAUUCACCGACAUACUAUACGCAGAACUUGGGGUGGUGAAAACUGGCCGGGUGUUAAUUUAGAAAAGACAGUUAAACUUGUGUUUUUGUUUGGAAAGUACAAACUUCCUGAGAUGGAAUUUAUAAUCAAACAAGAAGCAGAGAUAUUUAACGAUAUUGUGCAAGGAAAUUACAUUGAUUCCUAUUUUAAUCUGACAACAAAAAUCCUCAAUGGUUUGCAGUGGGUGUCUGAAAAUUGUGAAGGCACAAAAUAUGUUUUAAAAGCAGAUGAAGACACCUUUACAAAUGUGCCUUUAUUAAUAGAAUUUCUAAAACAACAUGGGGUUGCACGAUCAGUGAUAGGACAUCUCUAUUCAGAGUCGCAUGUGAAAAGAGUAGGUAAAUGGGCUGUUCCUAAAUCAUUGUUUCCACCCCAUACAUAUCCAGAUUACAUGGCAGGUAAUACAUAUUUAUUGUCUGGUGAUAUACUGGGUAAAGUUGUAUGGACAGCCCAGUAUGUGCCAUAUUUAAAUAUAGAAGAUGUGUUUAUAACAGGUGUUCUAGUCAGAAUAUUAAAAUUACGUCAUGUGAACGUUGACGGAUUUACUAUGUGGACAUCCGCUAAACCAAGAAUUUGUGAUAUAUUAAAGAAAAAAAUUAUAACCGGGAACAAAGUUACUCCACAAUAUGCAGAAACAAUAUGGCAAGCCUUACAUACUGGCUACGAUUAUAACUGUUGAAACCAUGGAAAGUUGUUAAUAUUUUUACACAAUAAUAUAUUAUAUGUAAAAGUUUCUUAUUUAUAUUAGAUGUAAUACAGAUAUAUUUAUUAUCAAUGGCUU